GCUGAGCGUUCCAGAGCAGGACUGCAGUGCACGCCGCCAGCCUCGCUCGCUGCAUUGUGCGCUCGUGGGAUGGGGCGGCUGGCCCGAGGCGGGCGGCUGGCCACGCAAGCGAAGCAGCACCAGAAAGAUCAGCUCAGCUGAAGCUGCCGUUGCUGGCUGGCUGCGUCAGGAUGUUGUUUUAAAGGUUUCUGAAUCAGUGCACAUCUCUUCCAGAUACAAGGAGAACGAACUCCCAAGAAAUCCGCAUGUUUGAGGCUCCCCCUCUGCAAUGGCAUCUUGGCCUGUGCUGGCCUGGGUCCUGCUCAUCCGUUUCAUUGCUGAUUACCUGAAUGGAAUUCAAGCCCGGGAGUUCACAGUGAAAGAUAUUGUCUACCUUCAUCCUUCAACUACUCCGUAUCCUGGGGGAUUCAAGUGUUUCACCUGUGAAGAAGCAGUCGACAACUAUGACUGCAACCAGUGGGCUCCAGAUAUCUAUUGCCCAAGAGCUACACGAUACUGCUAUACUCAACACACGCUGGAAGCCAAUGGAAAGAGUGUAUCUGUUACCAAGCGCUGUGUUCCUCUGGAGGAUUGCCUGUCUACAGGAUGCAUAGAUCUCCAGCAUAAGGGUUUGAAGGUCUGCACUUCGUGUUGUGAGGGAAACAUCUGUAACUUGCCGUUACCCAGAAAUUCAAGCGAUGCCAUAUUUGCGACAACAACUCCCAUAAAUCACACACAGAGACAUUUGCAAAGUGUACCAGUCAUAAUGGCAUGUCUCCUGCUAGUUUUUGCUACGUAGACAUCCCAAGAUAAAGUGCCACUUACAUAUUGAGAAAAGCAUUCAAGGAUGAAAGUAUUUAUGAAUACAUAUGACUUUAAUUUAAUAUAUGUUUUUAAACCCUUCUUUCUUAGUGACAUUUCUAAAGUCAGCUGUCUUGAAUUCCUUUUAGCCUUGGCUGAUUAAAAAGCCUUUGUUUUAA